AUGCGCGAACCAGAUGAAUGUUCAGAAUCUAAUCGUGGACGUAGCGGGCUUGUUGUACAGAUACCUGAAGAACCUUCUGAGCUGGUUUCAGUGAAGGUUUUUAUUAAGACCUCCAAUUGUCCAAAACGUGUUGAACUUUGUAGUGGUUGCUCGAAUAAAAUAAAACAAUUCCUUUGCGGUGAAUCUCCAGACAACGAUCUUAAUGAAGAACUUAAUGCGUCAUUUUGUAAUUCGGAUCAAAAUCAUGUCAAUGAACGAGUAACUACUAAUUCACCUUUAGAAGGAGUAAAUGGAGUUUUAAACGGGACUGAUUCUUUAAAGGAUAACAACAAUGAACAAAAUUCUAUUGAGGACAUAAAUUCUAAUGAAGUUGUUAAUGAAACUCAAGAAUUUACUAAUUGUGAUGGUUGUUUGGUUUCUGAUGUGGAAGUUGACUCAAUAAAUAAUUUUGUUGAAACUGAAACAAAUAAUUUGUUAGAAGAAAUUGACCUUGCAAAUUCGCCUAUUCAAAUAACAACAUGUGUCCCACCAGCUCUUUCAACGAAUGAGAUUGGAGAAUUAGAUGCAGACAGGGCAGAUAUGGCUAUUGGGGCUUUAAGUAUUAAUCCAGAACGGGACCGUUUUAUCGACUUUAGCGAGCCCUGGUUAUAUCAUGGAAUUCAAAUACUUGAACGUUGGUCUUUAUGGUUUUCUUGGGGUGUUCUUUUAAAUUCUGGUGUUUGUGAAAAGACUCCGAGAAGUUUUAGUGCUCGAGUUUUGGGAUUAGCUUGGUGUGGAUUUUGCAUGUCUUUAUGGUUUUCUUGGGGUGUUCUUUUAAAUUCUGGUGUUUGUGAAAAGACUCCGAGAAGUUUUAGUGCUCGAGUUUUGGGAUUAGCUUGGUGUGGAUUUUGCAUGAAAAAUCCAAAUAAUGAAAUUAAUAUUGAUUAUGGACACUCUACUUCUAUGGAGAUUGAUAAAAUUUUGGACAAAGAUGGUGGUGUUAGUGAAAUUAUUUCAAAUAAUUUAAUGAAGGAUAUAAGCAUUGACGGAGCCUUUGAAAAUCUUAACUCUGCAAUAAGUACCAUUAAAGAGCAACAAAUAAAAAUAAAUAAUGCGGCUGAUGAAGAAGCGAUAGAGAAGUGUGGAAUGGGGAAUUGCGAAGUGAUAAUUAAAAAUUCUGAUUUUGAUCGGCUUGCAAAAAUUAUCGAGAGUAGUCAAAGGCGAAAGAACAUUAUUAAUAGCUCUGUAGAGGAUGACGACAUCAACGCCGAGUUGGACAGGCAAAUAAGGAAGGUGGAUAAUCUUCUACGUGGAGGAAAUCGUAAAUCAAGGAAGAAUGCUAUCCCUUCCCCUAAAGUUUAUGAUACUGAAUGUGAGGAUAGUGAGCACGUAAAUGAUGAGAACGAAAAUCAAUCUAGUGCUGGUUCGACUGUAUCAGAUUCUCAGAAACCAAAAAAUUCUGUUCUAAGAAAGCGUAAUUUGAGAUCACUCCUUGCUAAACAAUCAAAAAAUUCGAGCGAAAAUGGAAGCAAUGCAAGUAGUGAUUGGCUUUCAAAGAAUAAUGCUGAAAAAAGUGAGGCUUCUACUGAGAGUCCUGACGAAAGUGAUUCUGACACAGAUGAUACUUUUGUUGAAGCACCGAAGUUGACGCCAGCUCAGCGACAGACUGACGCAGAAGUGAGACGUUUACUUCGUGAUACUCGCGUUAAAAUUUCUGAUAGUGAUGAUUCUGAUGCUACUGUAAUAAAAACUGAUGGGGAUGAUUCUGAUAGCGACUCAGAAAGAAAGAAUCGAAGAGCUAAAUCCAAAAGACUGAAACUCAAGGAUCCUAAUUCUGAUGAAAAUGACGUUUCAAAUAAACCGUCCUCUUCUAAAAUAAUUUCACCAGACGAACCAAAAAAACGAAUGACUGCCAAAAAAUCUCAUAUAGGCAAAAAUCGCAAAGGCACAAAUUUGGACGGUCCAAAUAGGAAGAAAAGGCGGAUUAUUUAUUCUGACGAUGAUGGAGAUGUUCAUUCAUUAGAUGGAGACGAAAAUAAUAAAAUUAGUGAUGAGGAGAAUUUUCAAAAACAAGUAGGCCGAAGGAAAGUUAUUCCGAAGGAAAAAUUGGCUCAAGCGACUAAAGACGCGGAGAAAGCUGAAAAGGAGCGACGAAAGCGGUUAGAGGAGAAACAGCGCGAGUUCAAUGGGAUUGAAAUGAUCAUUGAUGAGUCUGGCAAUACAUCUCUAAUCAGUAUAAUGAACAAUCUGUUCCCAAAUUGAAAAAUAUCAUUUUGGACCGAGACAGUGAGAGUAAUGCUCCAGUUCCCGUUCGAGUACAUCCAUUUCUCGUCAAAGUGUUGAAGAA